UCUCGGUUUGACUACGGUCGGUAGGCGGCACACUCAAGUUGUGUCGCACUUCCGGUUCAGUUUACUCUUCAGCAAUUGGCUGAUAGUCUUCUACGGAGUUGGCGCCAUUGCAAGCGCUCGUGCAGCCUUCAAAGCGCUCUCCCAUAAAAUACGCAUUUUUGUAUAAGUAUUAGCGGUUAAACAAGAAACAUGAUGGCGGACAAAGAAGCUGCGUUUGAUGAUGCUGUGGAGGAGAGGGUAAUCAAUGAGGAGUACAAGAUCUGGAAAAAGAACACCCCUUUUCUCUAUGACCUGGUCAUGACUCACGCCCUUGAGUGGCCCAGUCUCACUGCCCAGUGGCUGCCAGAUGUCUCCAGACCUGAAGGAAAAGACUACAGUGUGCACAGGCUGGUUCUCGGGACACACACUUCAGAUGAGCAGAAUCACCUUGUGAUUGCUAGCGUUCAACUACCAAAUGAUGAUGCUCAGUUUGAUGCCUCACAUUAUGACAGUGAAAAAGGCGAGUUUGGUGGGUUUGGUUCUGUAAGUGGCAAGAUAGAAAUUGAGAUCAAGAUCAAUCAUGAAGGAGAAGUGAACAGAGCCCGCUACAUGCCCCAGAACCCUUGCAUCAUCGCCACCAAGACCCCCACCAGCGAUGUGCUGGUCUUUGAUUACACAAAGCACCCCUCCAAGCCAGACCCCUCUGGAGAGUGCACCCCAGACCUCCGCUUGAGAGGUCACCAGAAAGAGGGUUACGGCCUCUCCUGGAAUCCGAACCUAAGUGGCUGCCUCCUCAGUGCUUCUGAUGACCAUACUAUCUGUUUGUGGGAUAUCAGCACAGUGCCUAAGGAGGGAAAGAUUGUGGAUGCCAAAACCAUCUUCACAGGCCAUACUGCUGUUGUGGAGGAUGUCUCCUGGCAUCUGCUCCACGAGUCGCUCUUUGGCUCUGUGGCUGAUGACCAGAAACUGAUGAUAUGGGACACACGGUCCAACAACACCUCUAAGCCCAGCCAUGCAGUGGAUGCUCACACUGCUGAGGUCAACUGCUUGUCUUUCAACCCUUACAGUGAGUUCAUCCUGGCAACAGGCUCAGCAGACAAGACUGUGGCUCUUUGGGACUUGAGGAAUCUAAAACUGAAGCUGCACUCCUUUGAGUCUCACAAAGAUGAGAUAUUCCAGGUGCAGUGGUCUCCUCAUAACGAAACCAUCCUGGCCUCCAGUGGCACAGACAGAAGGCUCAAUGUGUGGGACUUGAGUAAGAUUGGAGAGGAGCAGUCUCCUGAGGAUGCAGAAGAUGGCCCACCUGAGCUUCUGUUCAUCCAUGGUGGACACACGGCAAAGAUAUCAGACUUUUCUUGGAACCCCAAUGAACCAUGGGUCAUCUGUUCUGUGUCAGAGGACAACAUAAUGCAAGUCUGGCAAAUGGCAGAAAACAUUUACAACGAUGAGGACCCAGAAGGAGCAGCAGAUUCUGAGGUCCAAGCAUGAAUCCAUUCAGCACAUUUUUGAUCUGCUUGUUGAAAUAAUCUGUUUCCAAUGUGGUGUGCAGACUCAUGUAUUUUUUAAUAUUCAUUUUGGAUACCAGUGUUUCUGGAUAUAAUGCUCUUGUGACAUAUUUAAAUCUGUCUGAACUGGUCUGAAUUUUAGGUCUGUAUUUGUCAUAAUCCCAGUUAUUCAACCUGAUGAAACCAUCAAGGAAUUGUCCAUUAUUCCAGUGUUUUUUGAUGGUUUGAUUAUUCAAAUCUUUCUUGAAAUUUAGUUGUGCUCAAGACAUUUCUACUGAGAUCCAUUUUUAUAAACAAUGUACAUAUGUAGGUUUUCACUUUAUUUGUGCAAAAAAAAGUAGUAAGAAUUUCCAGCUUCUGUGUUGUCUCGUCUCCAUUUGUUCCCCUCUGCGUUUCUUCUAUUUGUGCUGCAUCAGUCCUCUUGUGUACUUAAGUAUAUUCAUAAUAAAUAUUUGCAGUAAAUUGGUGAGCUUUGUUUUAUAAUUUAGUUUUGGUAGCAGGAAAAGGUAUUUUGCAAUUCAGUAGUUAAUGUUUCAUGUUGGAUUGCCACAAAAUGAUGUGCAAAACUGGGUCUGGAGAUCAAGUGGUUUGACUACAAGUAGAAUCCUGGGCAUGUUCCUUUGCAGGAGCUUCACUUGGUUCAUCACGGACUCUGGACAAGGAAGAAUACUUUAGUAUUACCGUUGCUGCUGUUGUGUCAAAAAUAUUUUAUUAGCUUGUUUUUCCUCAAUGUAAUGUUGUAAUGUAACUACGGUACUCUUACAAUACUCUGUUA